UUUACAUUAAAUCUGAGCUAGUUAGGUAAGUGAUUAAUAGAUGGCGCCGGGCAAAAUCAAUAUUAAAAUCUUAUAAAUCAAUAUUGAUGAAUAUUAAAAUCAAAUAAUCAAUAUUUUAAAAUUAAAAUAAACUAAUAUAAAUAAAUACAAAUUAAAUAAUCAAUAAAAAAAUCAAUAAUUAAAUAUUUUAAAAAUAUAAUAAAUAGAAUAUAAAUAAAAAUAUUUCAAUAAUAAAUGAAAUAAUUAAAAAUAUAUAAUAAUUAGCUUACCAACGUUUGAGCUAAACACAAAGGAAGCUAAUCUAAAUAAUAAAUAAAUAAAAUAAAUAGCUUAAUUAAUAUAAAUAAAAUUUAAUAUAAAUAAGUUAAUUAACAUAUAAUAUAAUAAUUGGCUCAACCAACGUGGGACGAUAAAAUAAAUAUAGGGCAAAAUUGUCACAUAUUAAAUAAUCAAUAUUAAAAUUUUGAGUCUGAUAUAUUCUACAAAAUGGCAGAUGGACGUAGAUCUGUUUCGAAGACGACAAAGGAAGAAGAGGAACAGAAAGAAGAAAAAUCUGAGCUUGAAAGAUUCAUGGAAUUAAUAUUGACAAAGAUAGAAGAAAAUAAUAAUAAAAUAGAAAGAAAAUUAAUUCACUUAGAUGAAAACAACAAGAAAAUGGGAACUAAAUUAGAGGGAAAUAGUAAAUAAAUAGAACAAAAAUUAGAAGAAAAUAGUCGAAAAACAGAAGAAAAUAAUAAAUCAUUAGAGCAAAAAUUAGUAGAAAAUAGUAAAAAAGUAGAACAAAAAUUAGUAGAAAAUAGUCAAAAAGUAGAACAAAAAUUAGUAGAAAAUAGUCAAAAAGUAGAACAAAAAUUAGAAGAAAAUAGUCAAAAGAUGAAAGACAAGUUGGAAGAAAAUAACAGAAAAGCAGAAAAAAAUAGUCAGAGGUUGGAAAAGAAAUUAGAAGAAAACAUUAAAAGAAUAGAAGAACAAAUGGAACAGAGAGUAAAUAAGAGUAUUGGAGAAGUGAAAAUGUUGUACGGAGAGAUCAUGAGUAAACAUGAAAAUUUAGAAACUAAAUUAACUGUUGAAAAUCAGGAGAUAAAAACACAAAUACAAGAGCAUAAAGAAAGAAUAAAUAUAGUAGAAGAAGAUAUAGAAAAGGAAGCAGAGUGGACGAACCGAAGAUUUAACAUGGUAGAUGAAAAUAUAAAUCAAAUCAAGAAAGAUCAGAAAACAUCAAAGGAGAAGGAGGAUCAAUUGGAGAAUAAAUUAAAGUUUGAAGUAAAAGAAGUUAAGCAAGAGAUAGAAAAGAUGGAGAAGAAGAUUAGGAAUACAACAAAAGGAACAAUAGUCCAUACUAUAGAAACAUCGGAGAACAGAAUUUAUUUUAAUGGGGACUAUAAAUCUCAACAUCCAGUACCAUUUAUUCAUAUACUCACAACCAAAUAUUUGCAAUACAAUGACUUCGACGAAUUUCGUGAAGUCAUUAGAAAUCAGCUGAAGGGUGAAGCGUUGAUUUGGUACACGAAUGUGGAGAAUGAAAUCCAAGAUUUUGAUAGUUUUAAAAUGAAGUUUUUGGAAUUUUUCUGGGGACAGUCCAGACAACAAGUUGUAAGAGCAGAAUUGUUUGGAGGAAGAUAUAACUCCAACUCUAGAACAAGCAUGCAUCUAUAUGCUAUGAAGUUAUAUAGUGCUGCCCAGUAUCUGGAUGGAAAACUAACAGAGAAGGAACUGGUGAACCACAUAGUAGUUCAUUUUGAAAGUCAGAUAGAGAAUAUCCGACUAAAUUUCCAUUUUACCGACUUCAACAUGCUCCGCAAUUUUCUUAUUGAAAAGAAAAAAGCUUUUCAAAGUUACAGAUCUAGAAAUAAUAAUAAUGGCAAUUUUCAAAAUUUUAUUGAUAAUAAUAAUUAUAAUGACAACAGAAAUGAUAAUAAUAAUAACAAUAAUCAAAAUUGGAAUAAUAAAAAUAACAAUAAUAAUAACAAUAAUUAUAAUAAUCACCUGUGGGAGUUUUUUGUCAGUUCUUCUAUCAGGCGCGGCCCCCUGCGAAUGGGGGAUGCUUUCUGGGUAUUCGUAGCGCCAGUACCCAGAGAGUAGCAGGGAUACUUGCCGUGGAACAAAAACUGACACCUGGCAGUAGGUAUAAAAUGCACACCCAUGAGAAUGGAGAAUAAUAAUUUAUGUUUAGGAUCGCUGCCUGGGGAUCGCCAGGGCACGUCUGGAGCCGGCGCUGGACGUGACAGCAUGCGGGACGUCGGUGGCAGGGUGUUGAGGAGGCGGGCCCCUGUCAUACAAUCAGCUAC